GGGACUGUGUGUCGACGGUGUGGCAGCUCUGAUCUCAGAAGCGCUGUGUUAAGCAGGAGUUGGAGGCAGCUUUUUGCGGAAGCGGUGUCUGCCUGUUUGUGUGUCUGGAUGUGUAGUGAUGUGUGGCGCUGGCAUCUCUGCAUGGCCUGCUUGACAGGGAUGGUGUUUAAGUUGUCCCAACCAUGUAAUUGUUAGCCGUUAAAGCUGCUUUGAACGUCGCCGUUGUUUGCCCUAGCUUCCUGUUCCUGCGUUCAGUGAUCCCCUCCCUCGCCUCUACGUCACUACAUGAGCAUGGUGUCAGAGGUGGAGCUAGCUGCGGGAUUUGUGAGGACGCGAGGGCGACACAGAGUCAGCUGCUUUUCUGCUGGACAACUGGCCAAAGGGCUGACUGUGUCUUGGCUGCAGGGGAAAGAGUGAGCAGACUCCACUUACUCGAGCCAAACGUAGGAGCGUGCGCCCAAGAAAUACUCUCCGCUCUCUGGCAACUGGAUGGGAAGAAGGAGAAUCUUUGACCUUGGAAAAUGAAGAUGAUGUUGCCAUGGGAACUGUUAAUCCUUCUGUCACUCAAAGGGUGCCUGGCUGAGAACACACGCCACGGUCCCGUCUUCACCCAGGAGCCAAGUGACAGUAUUUUCCCACUGAGCACCGAUGAUAAACAGGUGUUUAUUAAUUGCAAGGCGAAAGGAAACCCACCUCCACAUUAUAGGUGGAAAGUGGACGGGAAAGAAAUAAACACGAGGUCAGAUCCAAACUACAGCCUUGUAGAGGGGAACCUGUUGAUCAAUAAUCCUCAUGUCAUUAACCACGGGGGAGUGUAUCAGUGCAUCGCCACCAACACAUUUGGGACUGUUGUCAGCAGGGAUGCUAAGGUCCAAUUUGCAUUUCUGCAGAACUUCAGCAGGAAGUCGAGGAACACCGUGUCCGUGAGAGAGGGUCAGGCCGUGGUUCUGCUCUGCGGCCCUCCACCCCAUUACGGAGAAAUCAAAUAUUCAUGGGUUUUCAACGGUCAGCAGAGCUUCCUGCGGCAGGACGCCCGCCGCUUCGUCUCCCAGAGGACGGGCAACUUGUACAUAGCAAAAGUUGAAGCCUCAGACGUCGGCAACUACACAUGUGCAGUGAGAAACAUGAUGACCAAUGCCACAGUGUUCAGCUCUCCAACCCCCGUGGUGGUGCGGAGGGACGUGGUGAUGGGCGAAUACGAGCCAAAGAUUGAGGUUCGGUUUCCUGACACCCUUCACGUCUCCAAAGGAUCGUCGGUGAAGCUGGAAUGCUUCGCCUUAGGAAACCCCGUGCCUUCUAUCUCAUGGAGAAGAGCCGAUGGAAAUCCACUCCCUGGCAAGAUUAAAAUCAAUCACUCCAGUGGUGUUCUGGAAAUUCCAUAUUUUCGCCCAGAGGAUGCCGGCAUGUACGAGUGUGUAGCCGAGAACAGCAGAGGACGAAAUGUUGCCAGAGGGCAACUUCUAUUUCACAAUGUUGAACAUCUGCACUGGGUCCAGACACUGAAAGAUGCUCACAUGGCGAUUGAUGCUAAUCUGCAGUGGGAGUGUAAAGCCAUCGGGAAGCCAAGGCCGACAUACAAGUGGUUGAAGAAUGCUCAGCUGCUAACAUCAGAGGGGAGAAUCCAUGUGGAAGCAGGAAGAUUGACCAUAUCCAGGAUCAGUCUGUCCGACUCUGGGAUGUAUCAGUGCGUGGCAGACAAUGAGCAUGGAGCCCUCUACGCCAGCGCUGAGCUCAAGGUUGUAGCCUCCCCGCCCGACUUCACCCGCCGACCCGUGAAGAAGUCCACAGUGAUCCAGAGGGGGGGCGAGGUGGUCUUAGAGUGUCGCCCCCACGCUUCCCCCAGAGCCGCAAUCUCCUGGUGGAGAGGGGGUGAGCUCCUGAAGGACAGCAAGAGACGGACUAUCGCGGAGGAUGGGACUCUACGUAUCACCAACAUCUCGAAAUCUGACGCAGGGAGGUUCACGUGUGUGGCCAGAAACCAGUUUGGUACCUCCAGCAGCACAGGAACGCUGAUGGUAAAAGAGCCUACCAAGAUCAUAAUUCCUCCCUUGAGUUUGGACGCCACCGUGGGACAGAGCCUUGUGUUGCCCUGCGAGGUGUCCGCUGAUUCGUCUCUGAGUCCCGUCUUCAAGUGGUUUUUCAAUGGGAAAGCCAUUGAUUUCAACAGGCAGGAGCACUUUGAGAUGAUUGGAGGGGGAUUUGCAGGUGACCUGAUGGUGAGGAACAUUCAGCUUAAGCAUUCUGGGAAGUACGUGUGCAUGGUACACACUGAGGUUGACACUGUUUCAGCGGCAGCAGACUUAAUUGUCAGAGGACCUCCUGGUGCCCCGGAGGGCCUGCUGGUGACUGACACUACUGACACUACUGUGCAACUCUCCUGGGGCUCUGGGCCUGACAACCACAGCCCUGUUACCAUGUACAUGGUGCAGGCCAGGACCCCCUUCUCUAUCGGCUGGCAGACCGUCAGAACAGUUCCUGAUUCUGUGCCUGGACAGAUGAUGCAUGCAACAGUGAAAGAUUUGAACCCCUGGGUGGAUUAUGAAUUCAGGGUGUUGGCAAUCAACAGUGUUGGUGUUGGAGAACCCAGCACGCCAUCAAAACAGAUUCGAACCAAAGCAGCAGUUCCCAAGGUUGCACCUGUAAAUGUGAGCGGCGGUGGUGGAGCUCGAGGAGAACUUGUCAUCACGUGGGAGCCGGUUCCAGAGGAACAACAGAGCGGAGAGGACUUUGGCUAUGUCGUGGCUUUCCGCCUACUUGGCAGCAGCACCUGGAUCCAGACGGUGCUGGUGUCACCUGAUGCAUCAAGGUAUAUUUACAGAAACGACAGCAUCGCACCUCUGUCCCAGUUUGAAGUGAAAGUGGGAGUCUACAACGGCAUGGGCGAGGGCAGAUUCAGCCGUGUCGUCAGAGUGUUUUCUGCAGAGGAAGAACCCUCCGAGGCACCAGCAAGAGUAUGGGCCCGAGCUGUGUCUGCCUCCGACAUCGAGGUGUACUGGGAGCCGAUUCCCCCCGGCUCCAGCAGCGAGAAGAUCAUUGCGUAUGAGGUUCUCUUCUGGGAGAAAGGAUCUCGACAGAGCGAAGCAGAGCGAGUGAGGAUCACCAACACCACGGCUCUGCUCACUGGCCUGAAGGGCAGCACCGUCUACCUGAUCUCCGUCAGAGCCCAAAACAGCGCUGGACUGGGACCCUGCAGCCCCGCUCUUAACGUCACCACCAAGAAACCACCUCCAAGUCAGCCCCCGGGGAAUAUUGAGUGGAACCUGACCAACUCGAAGAUCUUUCUAAAUUGGGAACAUGUCAAGGCGAUGGAAAAUGAGUCUGAGGUGACAGGAUACAAGGUUGUGUAUCGCCAGAACUGGCACGGCAGGACCACCAUACUGGAAACCAAUAAGACCAGUGUGGAGCUGCAUAUCCCCUCUGGAGAGGACUACCUCAUUGAGAUCAAAGCUCUGACCAGAGGGGGCGAUGGCGCCAGCAGCGGGCCCAUACGCAUACCAAAGAUGUCCAGCCUCAAUUCAAAAGGAUGUGUGCGUCCAGUUCCAGUGAAGACUUGCUGUUUCAUGAUGCUCUUUGUAUUUUCUAUGUUUAUUUUGUAGCUUCGUAUUAUUUAAAAAUUUAAGAUAUAUUAAAAUUUGCCCUGGAUAUUAGAUUGGAUAUAGCCCCUGAUCCACUCCUACUUGUCAGAUUUUUCAUAAUAAGCAGCCAGCUAAGCGAGUUUCUCAACCAAAACUGGGGAAGGGGAGAGUUCUGACAGGUCGUCAAAUGCCCAAAAAUCUGUGGCUGGACUGUUACUCGUAGGGAAAACAGCACAGUUAGAAUAUAUUUUCAUCUGCCUAUUUUCGGGACCACUGCAAUCCUACCAGGAUGCAUGUGCUUGAUACACACGGAGAGAUGAAUUUCUUAUCUGUCAUUUUGAAAUGAAGCUGAGCACAGGUUCAUGUCCCAGUUUCCCCAUUCAACUGUCUGUUUCCACCUAUUUUGCCUCAACUUCCAAGUUAUUUUCUCGGCUUGCUGUUAGGGUUAGGGCUACGGACCAAAAGGUACAAGUUUCACUCACUUCAAAGGCUACACAUAUACCACUGCAAAUAAUUUGGUUAAUGAUAAUUCACCCUUGCUCUCAUCAUUUGGACUCCAAGUGUUAAUCCUUUAAAUGAAAAACACAAUUCAAAGGCAGCCAUAUGCCAUUAAUAGUAGAGUCACAUAUUAAAGUCUCGUCUUUCUGCUAAACCCCGACUCCCAGCUCUUGCUUCAUAUUCAAAGUGCACAAAAUGAUGGCGUGUUGGUAUUCUCAUCUAACUCUCAGCAGUAAAACCAAUACACACAUUGCCCAAAAUGUCAGGUAUAGGCACAGGAUGUACAAGUCUCCACAGGAACUGGUGCCUGCCCCAAUGUUCUGUGCAUGUCGGUGACGUGGCAUUGGCAACAAACAGCGGCUCAUCGUCUGGUGUCAUACCACAUGAAACCUCUCAACGUCUGUGCUCUCCCUGCUGUGACAAGUCAAUAUGGCCGUUCAAAGGCAUGAGAUGCUCGGCUUGUCCAUUCCAAAAUAGACUAAAUUGUAUCAUGCUGUAAUUGCUAAUGUUGACCAAAUGGUGGCAAUUAGCAUAAUUUCUCUUUUUAAAAAAAAACAAUCAUCUGUUCAUGUUUUCUUAUUAUCGGAUGAUCUAAUAAAUACAGCACAUAUUAGUUAACAAUGCAGACUUGGCUAGUUUAAUCCAUUAAAACAGACGACCAUCAGGACUGACACUUUCACAACAGCCUCUGUUCAUCCACAGAGUUGGGACAGCCUUACACGUGUCCUGCGCUGAUUUUAUACAAGGAAACACUGGCUAGUCUUAUGAUCAGUGAGCACUUGGAUUUGUUGCUAAAACAGGUUGGUGUCUGGGAACAGAUCCUAAGCUAAACUCCUCACAGGUGUGUUAACGAAGCUGCUCUGCCUUAUCAACGUUAUAUUCUAUAAAUCUGUCAUCGUCUUUAAAACACGCAGAUUGUAUUACUUUUUGCAAAAAGGGCAGGCCUAUCAAACACAGAAUGUAAAAUGUUACUUGCUUUAUUUGUUGAAUUAUAUUUCAUGUGAUUUUGCGUCUUGUGCCCCUAAAACUGAUAUAGAUUAGUUUAAGAGCUCUCCUCAGUCGCUCUUGCGUUGCUGUUUCUUUGAGAAUUGUUCAGUGUGAUAUUCAUUAGAUGUCAGCAUAGGCGUCCACCAUACUGACGAGAAACCGCAUCUUAGUUGAACAUGUUGAUCAAGGACACAUUUAUCUUUGAACAAUUUGCGUACAACUAGACAAAUCAGCAUUCAUAUCUUGCUAUUUAGAAUACAUUAACUGUACGUUACAGAAUAUCAAAUUAUAACACUGAAUCUUCAGCACAUGGUUUACAUUCAUUGUAGGAGAAAGCAUGAUGGAUAUUGUUACAUUAUGGCAUUCAAAGUGAGGUAUGAUAUUUUGGAUGCAAAACAGCUGUAGAUGAACAUAAUAGAGCCUUUUCACAGCGGACAUUUUGAGUGGUCAGUUCAGGACUACCACAGGUGUGACCAAUAACAUCACCGAUGGCUCAGCAGGCAAUGUAACCCUCCUGCUCACCUUAAAUGGAAUGCAGACGUCACUGAUGUUAUAAAUUCCACCCGUGCUUUUCCUGCUCCAACAAGUCAAAAUGUCGGCCAUGCAUUGGGUCUGUUUAUAUGGGACAAGUUGUUACCUUCGUACAAUGCACUGCUGAUCGAUUAAAGGUAAAGGGGUAAGGUUCGCUUAUGUUACAUCAAGAAAGAAGUGAAGAUGUGUUAUUGUAAUCUGUAAGAUUUCAGAAUUGUUUGCUAUGCACAGAUUUUAUUUCACAUACGGUUUGAUGCCUUUUUAUUACGUUGUAGAUAGACUCUCAGGGUGUGCCACUUUCAACACAUCUGUGUGACACUUUUGGGACGACACACUUUCCUAUUAAUAUUUAACACACAGUAUGUUUGUCAUAUAAAAUGUUAACCAAACAUCUGUUAUUAUUACGUGUGUGUGUGUGCGUGUGUGUGUCUGUGUGUGUUGCUGGAAAUUAUAACACAGAUAUCAAUAUCAUCCUCAAGAUGAGACACAGAUGUUGAAAUGACAUACUCGAGAUCUGUUCUGCCUAGUGUACAUCAACCUGAAUAUUACUGCUUAGAAGGAUUUAUUAUGUGCCGUUCCAUUACCCAGAACUUUAAAUCCCUUUACAUUUUCCUAUUAAAUGCUUUUAUGAAUCAUUUGUAUGUAUUUUUUGCUAGAAUAUCUCUGUAUGAUGUCACAAAUUUGUAUUUAAAUAGUUUUUUCUCCUUUCAUUUCUGGUUAAUCUGCUUCUCUUACUGAAUCUGCAAUUUGUUAAUUCUGUAAUGUAAUACCAUUGUAU